AUGCUGCUAGCGAGAGAUUUUGAGAUCAUCAAGCCCAUUAGCCGUGGCGCCUUUGGGUCAGUAGCUGGUUCUUUUAAAAUGACGACCAAGGAUCUCUAUGCGAUCAAAAUCUUGAAGAAGGCAGAUAUGGUUCGCAAGAACAUGGUCAAUCACGUUCUGGCUGAGAGGCGUGUCUUAGCCCUGACGAGGACGCCAUUUGUUGUACAGUUGUUUUAUGCUUUUGCCAGCAAGGAUUAUCUCUAUCUUGUUAUGGAGUAUGUAAUAGGGGGAGAUCUCAGUUCGUUAUUGGCAGUAUUUGGAUCAUUUGACGAAGAUAUGGCUAAGAUGUACAUAGCAGAAUGUAUUUUGGCUCUUGAAUACCUUCAUUCUAAUGGAAUUACGCACCGCGAUCUUAAACCAGACAACAUGCUUGUGAACGCUGAAGGCCAUAUCAAGCUUACAGACUUUGGUCUAAGCCGAAGGGCUGCACGAAGGCAUCGUGGGAGCAGUAAGGCCUUGUUGGGGACCCCUGAUUACCUCGCCCCAGAACUUCUGUUGGGGAUAGGGCAUGGGACGGCCGUGGACUGGUGGUCUCUGGGUGUUUGCUUGUUUGAAUUCUUGACUGGAUAUCCACCAUUCAUGGAUGAAGCACCAGAAGCGAUCUUUAAGAACAUCCUUAAUCAUGAUAUCCAAUGGCCUGAAUAUGGGCUUUCGCCUGAGGCCCACGAUUUGAUCAACAAACUGCUUAGCAGAGACCCCUCGCAUCGGCCAUCUCCUACAGAACUGAAGGCUCACCCAUUCUUCCGUGGAGUCGAUUGGGAUAAUAUUAGAAAUCAAGAAGCCCCGUUCAUCCCCGCACCAAACGACAAUAUGGACACUAGUUAUUUUGAUGGUACUAUUAUGAAAAAAUGA